AUUUCAGUUUUUGAAGUUAGUUGUCAUCGGCUGCUGCAUUGUAGCUGGAUAUCUCCCACUGAAACGCUUAGAAUGAAAAACUGAGCGUAUUUCCGCCAACAACGUAAACAUCGGGAUUUUUGUUCCGCAAUUGGGCUUCUUUGUUGGUGAAUUGAUGUCCAGACAGCUAGCUGUGGAUGUCGCCUGUUUACUAAACGUGCUCUAAGCGCUAAAGUUUUUGUAUGAGUUGCUUGGGCUUCGCUUGUGGAUAACGGGAGGGAGAGCAGGAAAGGCCCGGUGAAGCCUCGGCUUUGGAGUAACUAACAUGGCAGGAAAUUUUGACGCGGAGGACCGCAGCAGUUGGUACUGGGGUCGGUUACGCAGACAGGAGGCUGUGUCUCUGUUGCAGGGGCAGCGGCACGGCGUGUUUCUGGUGCGGGACUCCAUCACCAGCCCUGGAGACUUUGUGCUGUCCGUAUCCGAGAACUCCAAAGUCUCUCAUUACAUAAUAAACAGCAUCAGCAACAACCGACAGUGCGGUCCAGGUUUGGGUCAUUCCAGAUUCCGCAUCGGUGACCAGGAGUUUGAGGCUCUCUCUUUCUUGCUAGAAUUCUAUAAAAUCCACUACCUGGACACGACCACUUUGAUAGAACCUAUCAACAAGUCCAAGCACAUCUCCUUCUUCAGUGUCGGUCCCGGCUGCGUACCUCCACCACGCCUGGAAGAUGAAUAUGUUCGAGCGCUUUUUGAUUUCCCUGGUAAUGAUGAUGAGGACCUUCCUUUUAGGAAGGGUGAUAUUCUGCGAGUUCUGGAAAAGCCAGAGGAAGAAUGGUGGAAUGCCCAGAAUACAGAAGGCAGAGCAGGGAUGAUCCCAGUGCCGUAUGUAGAGAAGUAUCGACCUGCAUCUCCCUGUUCAAUGGCAGGGCCUGGUGUUCAAGGGGGACCUUUGGGAGGGAUUGGGAUGGUAGGGAACUCUGACGGCUCUGUGGCUCAGUCCGGCACUCCACCUCAGGGUGAACCUGGCCAGUAUGCCCAACCUACCCCGCUUCCAAAUCUUCAGAAUGGACCAGUUUUGGCCAGGGCCAUACAGAAGAGGGUGCCCAAUGCCUAUGACAAGACGGCUCUGGCCUUAGAGGUGGGCGACAUGGUGAAGGUGACCAAAAUUAACGUGAACGGCCAGUGGGAGGGGGAGUGUAAAGGCAAACGUGGCCACUUUCCCUUCACACACGUCAAACUGCUGGACCAGCACAGUGCCGAGGACGAUCUGAGCUGAGAGCGGACAGCUGGGCAGCGACCAGGACACUAGUGUUAGACCUUUCCUCACCCCUCCUCCCAACCUGUCUUUCCGACUCAAACACUCCGACCUGCUCCCUGUCCUGCCUCACCUCUGCUCCAGCUUUUACUGCACCAAGUACAUUUUCAUAGAAUCACUGAGAACACAACAAACAGAUCUGAUAACACACACACUUACUCUCUCUCUCUUUUUCUCUCUCUCUCUCUCUCUUUCACUCCUGUUCCGACUCCUCUCAGUAGCUAUGCCUGCAGUCCUCCACUCUCUGCUUAGUCUUUAGAAUGAAUUCAGUUGUCCACAGUGAAAACAGAACAUGUACAGAGUCUCGUGCUCAGUGAGGAUUUACAACAGUUGAGUGCCCCGCCCGUGUCACAUCCCUGCUGUGGACACUUAAUCAACACUUGGUCCUCAGGAGACUCCUCACCACAGAACUCCACCACUUCCUCUUCCUGUGUUGGAGCCAGAUGAUAAUGAAACUAAGCACCGAGUCAUUUCUCAUCCUCACUCAUCAUCUCCAUGUUUAUGUUGCUGUGGGAUCACUAGUGCUGCAUUCAUCUAUAAUGCCUAUUAGAAAUAAGUUAAUGAGUAACCGCACAUCUUUUUAUUGUGUUAUUCUCACAUUUCAUUCUAAACUCACGAGUCUGACAUUCGGGGAAAUGUUUCUUAAAUGUCUUUUUGGCAGCACUUUAAACGGAUCGUCCUCUGUCCUUACAGUAAAUAUUCAACCACUACCUGCAGGUUUUUAUCUCAACAAAAACAAUAGAAACAGGUGAGGUGUUGCUGCUUUGAUCCCUUAGGAACUAGUUUUGUCAUGUUCCUACUUUAAAGAUCUAACUCAUACAAAUUUUGACACUAGUCUCUUGGUCAGGUUGCAGAAUGUAACAAAUGAAGGAUUCCUGGACUGACCCCUCUGUAUAUCACAGAAAUACCAUGGGCAUUUUACACACAAAGGACGCCUGUCUUCCUAAAUCUCAAUGCCUGUGUUGUGUUCGGUUAAAUCACACCAAAUUGUACAAAAAAAAAAAAAGAUUUUCACCAUUAUUUUAUUUUUCAAAACCAUCUUAAAUACAUACUGUACACUACUAAACUACCUGGAAGUAUGUUCAAGUCCUGCUAUUACACUAUUUUGCUAACUAAGUAAACCACCCACUGUUGAUUGUCUAUAAUAUUUUUAAAAAUUAACAAUUUUUCCAUUUAACCUCAGAUUUACUUUUAUUUUAUUUUAAAUCUUUUAUCUCAAUCUGUUUGUUUCACAUUAGAGUUUUUUUUUGUAUAAGCAGUACAAAGGAAAACAAAGCACAGUUAAAUACCCUAAUCUGCCAGAAUAGGGUUGUUGUUUGAUCAACAAAACACACCUUUUUAACUUGAUUUUUAAGGGAGAAGUUUGAGUAUUUAAACAUGAAGGAAUGUCAUUCCAUCUUAGAAAGAAGGAAAGGUGUGACUUCAGGUGGAGCUGAUCAUUUUUACUGAGCAUUUCAUUAAACAGCCCAUCCUCCCUCACACCAAAUAUGAAGAUACAAGAAAAAAAAAAGAGUAACAACUGCUGAUAUUGACUUGAUGUACAUUUAGCCUCUAGCAAAGAAGCUAAGAAACUUUAAUGGAGGUGGAAAUAAUGACAAACACUACAUUCAACCGCUUCAACUUUUGUGCACCUCAGCUUCCAUCAACCGCCAAAUAGUCUUUUUGUAAAAAUAAAUAUCACUGAUCACUGUUGUGGAAUGGUGUACUCUGUGAUUAUCAGUACUUGCUUUAAUAUUUGUUAUUGGUUUUAUUUUGUAGUUUACAUAAUGGUUGGGUUUUUGAUUAUGGAUGAACACAAGCUAAAGUGCUGCAUGGGAUUCAUUGUUGGUUCUGCUGUCCUGCAGGUGGGUGUGUAUGUAGGAGCAGAGCACAACUGUUUGCUCCCCAAUAUUCACGAUACGAGAAUGAAGUCAAACAUUGAAUGUAAACUGCUAACAACCUUGUUAGAAAUGUCUCUCUUGUGUUUCACCUCUCCUUUCAUUUCACAGACUGUACCUGAGCUCACACUUUGAAAAGUCAACGUUUAAAAAAACAUUUGUUGUUUAAUUGAUAAUAAUCCUGCUCCCAUGUUGCACUAUUUAGUUUUUAUAGUCCGAAGACUUUUCCUUUUUUUAUUGGAUUGUUCUUUCACAGUUAUUAACCCUGUGACCCCCUGCUACAGUGUGUCAUCUUUUUUUGUUUUUGUUUUAUUGUUCAUGACUCGUCCAGUUUCCGUUUGGUCUUGGCAAACCAAAACAAAUGAAUCAUAUUUGUAUGAUGCACCAUUUGUCUGAAACCCAACCCAGAAAUAAGACUGGGUUUGACUCUGAAAGUACAGAAGGGAAGGGCAUGAAGUGUUUAUCCCGUCAGAAUGUUGUGAUUGUUCGAAGGAUGUUCCAUUUCAUUUUAUUUUAAAGUAGUUGAAGCCACUAUCUUGUGGUUUCCUCCUCCAGUCUUUAGCCACUCUCUAACCCUUUUGCAGUUGUCUGUAAUGAUGCUCUCUCCUGCUCUCUGUCAGCCUCUACAUAAACCAUACCACUUCCUCUGUACAGUGUGGGAACGUGGGUCGUCGAAGGACAAGAAUGAAACUGAGAGCACGCGGUCGAGCUAACGGGCUUAAUGCACAUCGCAUAAACUCAUUUGAUAAUAACGUGAAUGUAACACAUUCAUUCAGUCAUUGUAAUGUUGUGCACUGCAGCUUUAAAACCCUGCCCAGUUUUGACACACACAAACAUUGUCUACUGUUUUCCAUUGGUCUUUUCCCCCCACGUCACCUUGUUGCCAUGUUCUCCUGAAUAUAGUAUCAUAAUGCAUGUAGUUUUUCUUUUACCCAGAAACAGUUAUAGUAGAGCCAAUCAUUUUAUUGACAUCUGACAAUCAUCCCUCACAUUCUUCAUCAGGCAGAUUGUUCUUGACUAAAGCAGGCCAUGAAGACGGCGUACAUGUGUAGAGUGAACCUGCUCCACUUUGAAUUUGAUCUAACUUCAUCUCAUGGAAGUGAGUAGCUUCUUUCAAAUGUCAAAGUAUCAGUAUUUCUGUUUUGCACAGUUAUUUCACCUUUAGGUGGCACUGUAGCAACAUUCAUGCACUUGUGUUUAUCUGGAGUUUGCAUUCACUAUGUACAGUAUGCAUUCCUUUGUAUGGUUUUCAUUUAGCUCCUCUUUCACCUGCAGAUUUAUUUACCAACCUUUGUUUUUCUGUCUUUCUAAGCUGGUCAUUGGCACUAUUUAAAAACAUGUUAGGAUCUCCGAUUGAAAUCUCUAUGGAGGAGCACUUCAAGGAGUGUUCACUCUAAAAUUACCUUUAGUGUUUACUGCCUGUUUUUGACAGAUGUUUUGGGUUUUUUUAUCUGUGUAGUUGCGAACAAAUCAUGUUUCCAAUGUCACUGUUGCCAAUGAAAACCACCAAUGGGUAUUUUAGUAGCACUGCAUGAAGCCAUUCAUUUCCUUUAAUAAAAAGGAAGGGAUGUUAUAGUGCCAGUGGAAAUUAUUUUAAGUAUAAAAAUGUGCCAUUUUAUUAUAACACUAUAUUCUUUCAAGACAGUUGAUUUGUUUUUAUUUUCUGUAGCAUGUAAUGUGUUAAUAUACUAGUAAAUAAAGUCAAACCCAAGUCAAA